CCUGAGGUGAGUCUUCUUUGUGUCGAGACAAAGGCAGAUCCGACUUGGAGCAGUGACUGUGAAGGUUUCCAAGGCUUUCGAGUCCAUGUGUUGACUUCCUCCAGGAGAAAGAAGGCGGACGGGCUUUGAUGGCACAGUUCACGCCCAAAAUACCUGCCCGAGAGAUUCACAGCACUCAGCCCUCUGUCAGUGGCAGGGCGCCAGCUACUCUAAUGGUGAAAUCACACUCGUCUUUGAGUGGAAACCAGUUAACAAGGGCUAAGGCCGAGGGAGGAUCUCCUCUCAAGACUCCUACAGGACUCAGGCUCGAUGUUGAGAAAUCUCCUUUGGAAAACAAUGGCAAUAAAUUAUUUUUGGGAUUGAGCCCAGGAGCCAAACCGGGAUCGAAGAUUCAGUCGGUGCUGAAAUCUUUGUCAGAGGCCUCAAACACUCCGCAGACAGAGAAUGAAGGCUUCAAAGCAGCGAGCCCAGCUAGCUCAGGUGGGGAUGGAGCCACCCCUCCCCUCAGAUCCACCAGGAGAAUGCAAGAAAUUCCUAAAGGGAACUGGCCAAAUCAGGCUCCUAACUUAGAUGUUUGUACUAAACUCGGGGUAAAGGCAGUGCAGCUAAAGUUACAGCAAACGCUUGCAGCGCAAAGAGAGAGAGCCGAUUCACAGCUGGCUGCGAUGAAAGAGUCGAGGGAUCAAACGGUAAAGAAGAAAGCUGGAAUUCCCAACCAACGUCCCCUGCCCACCGCGAUCGGGCCAAGGCCACUGAAACCGAAGCGACCGCCUUCUGUGCGUCUGAACAAAUACAGGAGGGAAGCAGAAACGCACCCAAGCCCUUGCCCAGUACAGCUAGCAGGACAGCUCCAGAUCGCGCCACUUAUCCGUGUACCACCUCUGCCGACUCUGCAGGGCAGACACAGCGUCGACUCCAUGUUGGAGGAAUUGGAACACAAUGAGUAUGAUGAUGUGGAGCCAGUGGGGGUGAUGAGCAGAAACCAAAAGUUGCACUGUAACCCACCUCCCACACCUCCCCCCAAACGAAACAACAAGAUCGGAGAAGAUGUAUAUGAUGACGUGGAUAUUCCGGAUGAAUUUCCUCCUCCGCCACCAGAUAUCAGCCUGCCCUCCAUCAUCAAAGCUGAAAAACAAUCCAAGAAAAAAAUGGAGAAAGAGGAGAGAGAAUUCAGGAAGAGAUUUAAAUAUGAAGGGGAGAUCAAGGUGCUUGCUCUGGUGGUGGUGGAUCCCAAAACAGGUGUAAGGAAAGGGGGUGGGAAGAAUCUGCUGGUGAGACCUGGUGAAAUGCUGGAGGUGAUCGAGUUCACCAACGAGAGGCAAGCAAUUUGUCGGAACUCGGAGGGCAAAUAUGGAUUUGCUCCACGAUUGGUUCUGCUUCAUCGGGACUAUGAAAUCUAUGAUGACAUUGACAGCCCAGAUUGCACCAUCACCGGCGACUAGUGGCUCGGGUGUGAGAGGACUCCUCAACAUCUCACCAAACACAAGACGUCGCAGAGAUAGAUGGACUAGAAUGCAUCGCAGAAAUAUUGUCAGUUUACCACGCGAAAGGCUAUGUACAUUCGGCUGCAUUGUCAAGCACCAGAGAGCAAUGGAGCACGGCCCACAACACAAGGAUUCCAACUUACAACAAUAUUGGCUGAAUUUGCGACAAGGUCUGCCCAAACUUAAUUUGAGAAACAAGACGCUUUGUGUGCUCCGAAUCAUCUCCCCCCCCCCCC